GACUUCACAAUCUAUGUAUAGAAUGCCGAUAAGGUGGUUUUAACAUAGGUUAUCGACAAAUGUUCGCUAGUGUUACAGUACGGUUUAAUAAACCCCACGCACAUGUAUGAGUAUUUUAAAAUAUUUUGGACUUUGGACACUCAUUGGCUAAGAUGGCAGAAAAAGGAUCAGAUUUAACAUACGAUGUUUGCUGCAAUGUUUGUUCAGAAGAGAGUGUAAGCAGGGAAGCUUUGUUUUAUUGUCAACAAUGUUCUAAAGGCUUCUGUGACGACUGCAUCGGCUUACAUAAAUAGCUCUAUAAAAGACACGUUACUCAUGGGAGGGAAGAAUCGAAUUUGUGGCCUACUUCAAAAGCGGCUUUUGAGGAUUUAAUGUUUUGCCAACACCAUACCGAUCGCAAGAUAGAGAUGUUUUGUGAAGAUCACAGUAAACUUUGCUGUGCUCUAUGUCACUUUCACGAACACAGACAAUGUGCCAAGCUUGUGCUUAUCAAGGAAAAAUCAACAGAGGAGAUUCUUGAUGAGUUUCAUCAAAUAUCUACAACUAUUGCCGAAUGUGAACAAAACCUUGAAACAGCCAUAGGUGACGCAUAUAAUUGGCUGAAAACAUUGCAAGAUUCAUACGAGGAAGCGAAUGGAGAAAUUAAAGAUUUUCGUACCAAAAUAAAUAAUAUCUUCGACGAACUGGAGAAAAAAACUAUCAAUUCACUGGAUGAUAUGUAUCACACAAUAAAGAAAUCUAUUCAGUUAGAACUAGAAACAUGUUCACGGAUUCAAGACGAGUUCAAACGAUUCAAAGAUGUACAUAAAAUAAAAGAAAACCCAUCGAAUGAACUUGUUUUUGUUGCCUACCAAACAUCGUUAGAUAAUAUCUCUCAAGCGAAAAUUAUUUUGAAAGAAAUGGCUGUUAACGCAAAUCCAACCAUUUCAUUUGAAAAUAAUCCUGAUUUUGAACAAUCACUCAUUCGAUUUUCUUCUAUCGGGAAUUUUAAACGAGAAGUCAAACAGUUGAAGAAAUCAACCAAUGAGCUAAUAAAGUGUAGCAACAAAGUUCUGUACAAUGUACGGGUUCCAUCUGAUAGCCGUAAAUGUGACAUACGAAGUAUUUGUGAAUUACCUAAAAGAGAAAUUCUUAUUUUGGACUACGCAAAUAGUCGAGUAAAAUUGUUAAAUAAGCAGUACAAAGUUGUCUCACACGCAGACUUGCCUGAAAGUCCAUAUGAUAUGUGUAGUAUCAGUCCUUCUGAGGUCGCCAUUACGAUUACUGACGGUCAAAAAGGCACAGUCAAAUUCUUAAGUGUCAACAACGGACAGAUAGUGACUGGUCGAACAUUUAGCUUCGAACAUAAGUGUCAUGGCAUUGCACAUGCGGAAGGUCACUUGUACAUAGCAUCAUGUACUGAAUUGUACCAAUACACAAUGGAUUGUACUCUUGUAAAGAAGAUCUAUGAAGAUUCGUCAGAUAAUUGUUCUGUCUUCAAGUGCGCUAUCAGUCCCGAUGGAACUCAUCUAUAUGUAACUGACAGAAGUCGACACAAGCUCCUGACAUUGUCCAAGGAUGGCACUCUCAAAUCAAAAUUGCUUGAUUCUGCACAUCGACGUCCUGGAGGUUUACACGUGUCUGAAACAGGCCAGUUGCUAGCGUGUUGGAGUGAGGCAGUAGUCCAAGUGGAUGGUGAGGGACGGAUGGUAACGUUGGCUUCAAAGGAGGGCGGUCUUAACUGCACAGAGUCUGUAUAUUACAAUGCACGUACUGGCAAAGUGGUUGUUGGACAUACUAGUGACAGCAUCCUGGUUAUUACUACCAUUUGAAAAACACGUAAUGUGCAUUAGCUAUUUUUAGUUUUGCAAUAUAUUUGAAGAUCCUAAGGGGAGACGUGAACAUAUUAUUUUGCAUCUGAGCUUAAACACAACAGACACCAUGACAUUUAUUUAUACGGCUAUUCUAGACAGACAACUAUCCUUAACACAAACACAACACAUAUCAAAGUGGUCAGCUAUUCAAAAGUUAUAACAAAUGUGGUGUUGUUGUUGAUUUUUAACCAUCAGGAGUGGCAUGUAAUUGGCAUUCACAUUACUUACAAGGUUCAAUGUUUUAAUGUCUGUCUCUGAAUACCUCCAUCACGUCUUUCGUCCAUCUGUCUGUUUGUCUGUCCGGAAAACUGAAAUGACAAGGAAAGUAUUAACCAUACACUUAAAGGUUUUUGAAGAUAUCAAGCCAAAACUCUUUUUUAGUCCUAUGUAUAUUUUCUCGGCAUACACUAUAUCAAUUACAAAACGUGUUUUAAGUAAAUUAUGGAUUAAACAAAUAAUAACUAUUUCCAUCGCCAGCCUAUUAUCCUUUAAACCACGCCCAUUUCAUGUAUGUUUUUAACGAAUCAAACACCCAGCAUGAUAUGCCCACCAUCAUUAUAUU